UGCCACCAUUAUAAAUCUGAUCCUCUCUGUUCUUGUUCAUAUCAAGAUUUAGAACAAACAAGAAAUGGAGCAGAACACAAGAUCUCUUCCUCUUGCCGGACGUGUAGCUAUAGUGACUGGAGCCACCAGAGGAAUGGGCCGUGCAAUAGCGAUUCAUCUCCACUCUCUUGGCGCAAGAGUCACUAUCAACUAUGUCUCGAGCUCAUCAAAAGCAGAACUCUUGGUUUCAGAACUAAACGACUCAUCUAAAACAAAGUCAGCAAUCGCGGUUAAAGCAGAUGUAUCAGACCCGGACCAGAUCAAGAACUUGUUUGAUCAAACAGAACGAGAGUUCGGAUCUAAAGUUCACAUAGUCGUGAACUGUGCAGGUGUUUUGGAUCCAAAGUAUCCAUCUUUGUCGGAGACAACACUGGAAGAUUUCGAGAAUACAUUCACUAUCAACACAAGAGGAUCUUUCUUGUGUUGCAAGGAAGCAGCUAAAAGGGUUGUAAGAGGAGGUGGUGGAAGAAUCAUUAUGAUGUCUACAUCAAUGGUCGGUGGUCUUGCACCAGGUUAUGGUGUUUACGCUGCAUCAAAGGCCGCGGUUGAGACAAUGGUUAAAGUAUUGGCCAAGGAGCUUAAGGGAAGUGGGAUUACCGCGAAUUGCGUGGCUCCAGGGCCUGUUGAGACAGAGAUGUUCUUUGCAGGGAAGAGUGAUGAAUUGGUGAAGACACUUGCAGGGGCUUGUCCUAUGGGUAGGAUUGGUGAGCCAAAGGAUGUUUCAGAGAUUGUAGGGUUUUUGGUUGGUGAUGGUGGUGAAUGGAUCAAUGGUCAGGUUAUUAGAGCUAAUGGAGGCUUUGUUAUUUAAUACAAUGAAGAAUGAAGAAUGAUAUUUUUGAUGUUGCCAUUUUUAAAUGUGUUGAUGGAGUUCAUAUGUUUUGGUUUAUUAGGGGACAAGCCAAAACUUAGAAAAUAGAUGGAAGAACAAUAAUACUUUCAUAUGUAAAAAAUUUAAAAAUUAUUAGGAAAACUUGAAAAAA